AAGUGUGUGAAGAAACUCUUUAGAUUUAUUUCAAACAGUAUUAUAUUGAUCAAAGGCCAAGAGACAUGUGCCCCCUAUUUGCAUUCAAAACAAAACACUUGUUUAUUUAUUAUUUGAAGUGUAUUUGAUUAUCAGACAUUGAUUUCUGAGCUGGUAUCUGACCAUGCAUCACUGAUGUUGUUGAAUGAGCCAUUAGUUAAUGGAGUGCAGGAGCAAUGUCAUAUGGCUACCUGAACAUUGUCUGCCGUGAUCUUAUGGUUUAUCUGUGAUCGCUAUUGACAAACUAAUGUGUCAUCCAAGACUAGACAGUAUUAAUUUGAGGGAAGAAACCGCUACCCCUCCAUCAUCUGCUCAAACGCAUCCCAUAAUUCUCUGAGACUAGUCAUUGAAUAUUGGAGAAAAACGAUUCACGCUUUCUGUUGCAUCCAGUGUGCUCACUCGUAGGCUUGGCUGGUCUGCGUUAGAGACUUUGGACCCUCCCCCUCUCUCUCUAUCUGUGGUUCAAAGGAAUGGCUGAAUCACCAGAAUCCCAACUUCAGGGCCUAGAUUUACAAGAUGUGAAACAGACCAAUGGCAUGGAAUAUAUGAAUGGUAAUGGUGUGAAUUCACCGGACAAGAUGGAUGACUUCGAAGCUCAGUUUCAGAGUGCUCCUGCCAGCAAGAUUGCCUCAGUUCUAGACCCCAAUGCCAGCCCUUUCGAACCUUUUGGUCAACAAAGUGAUCUAUCAAACUUGCAAGCAAAAGACCAAUCUGUGCCAUCUAAUGACCUCACCCAACCAGCCAACAUGGCCACUGUCCCCGAUCAGCAGGCCCCUGAUCAACCACCAUCCAAUGAUGGAGUGUUAAUAGAUUUUGGUGGGAAGGAUGAAGCCUCAUCCCCUGCUCCUCCUAAAGGUGAAGGGCAAUUAGACCCAUUUUCAAUGGAUGUUGGACAAAAGGACGUUUCAACAAUGGAAGGAGGGCAAACUUUAGUGGACAAUACUUUACCCCAAGGUAUGGGUGUUAAUGUUGCAGACUCAAUGGAUAAUUAUAACCAAGAUCAAGGUGCUUCUGAAAUGGAAUGUCAAUGUGAUAAUAAUGAACCAGAACAAAGUCUUUCGAAAAAUGUGGAUGAUCUUGAUCAUUCACAAAAUAUGAACCCUAGUCUUUCUUAUGUUCCUCAUGAUGUGAUGGAUUCGAAUGUUGCUCAAGAGGAGGAAAAUGUGCCUAUGUCCCAUGAGGAUCCUACUAACCAGCCUGCAUAUCAGCAUGUUUCAUCCCAUGACAGAAAUGCAUUUGACGAACAAAUUGUUCCAGGUGUGUGUUCAUGCAUUGAAGAACCUGAACCAGAGGUUCCACAAGAAGAGGCUGUUGAGGUUGAACAGCAUGAAACACCACAGGCUCAGUACAAACACAAGGAAGAAUGUGUGGAUGAAGAGGAUUAUGAUGAUGGCUCUGAUGGUGAUGAUGUCGGAGGAGGUCAAUUUGAAUAUCAAGGAGAAGAUGGUGAAGAUGAUGAAGAAAUAGAGGUUUACACGGAUGAUGGAGACUACAGUGAUGAAGAUUAUGAUGAUGGCCCUGAUAGCUACAGAGCUAGUGAAGAGAGAGAGGUUGUCUCAGAUGAAGAGAUAAAAGAUGACAAAGCAGAGAUUAUUUUACAACAGGAAGCUUCUACAACUAACACAGAAGCUGCCUCAAUUUCUGAACCACAAGUAACUGACCCAAGUUCCAAACAUGUUGAAGCAGAUGAAAUGGGACCAACAGAUAUCACGACUGAAGAAAAUGACAGUGCAAGAAAUUCUGAGGAAAGAGAAAUGUAUGUAGCCGAAGAAGAUCAGCGUUUUAGUGAGGAAAGAAAUGAGAAUGAGAGAAUGGGUGAAGAAGCAGAGAGUGAUCAUUCAAGUGAGGCUGAUGAAGAUGACAUGAACGAAAGAAUGAAGUCAGGUAGUGGUUUUGUAGAUGAGGUUCAACCUCAAGAGGACAAUUCUGUUCAGGAGGGGGGUGUGAAUGAAAGUGAGCAAAAUGUAGAAGAUGAGACCCAGGGUCAGCAUGUUGGUGAGAAAGAGUCUAGUAGUAUGGAUGAGAGGGAAGGUAGUCAGGAACCAGAUGUUGAAGCUUCAGCCCCCUUUAAUUCCUUUGCUCCCCAAGCUUCUGAUGAACAAAUUCAAUCUCAUCAGGAAACAGACAAUACCAUUGAGUCAGAGAAAAUGGGGGAAGAACAAUAUGUUGAAGAUGACGAAAUUACAAAAGGGGAGGUGAAAGAGGAAGUGAGUGUGGAUGAAAUUGUUGUGGAAGAAAAGCCCCUUGAAUGCCCACAAGAAAAAGUUCCAGAUGUGGUUUUAACCACAACAAUGGAACCUCAUACUGAGGUAGCAAAUGAAUGUGUUGGCAUGGUUGAUAUUGGUGAGGGUGAGGAGGGUGAGAUAGAAAUACAAAGCAAUGUGAGUGAGUUUGGGUCUCAGUAUGCAGAGAUGGGUGAUGAUAGAAUGGAUGAGGAGGAAGAGAGUAACUUUAAUAGUGGUGAAAAUGGGGAGCCAAAGGAUGAUUAUUAUCCUGAUGAGGGAGAGGAAGAUAUUGAGAGAGAACAAGAUUUUGAGAGGGAAGAUGUGAAACAGCAAGAAGUCGAAGACUUAAUUGAACAAGAAGAAAGUAGAGAAAGUGAAAAUAUUCCUGAAGGUGUAGUUUGUUCAGUCGACCAAACUGAAAGCUUGGGCUUUGAUGUGAAUGAAAAACAAAUAGACAUGGCUCAACAAAGUGAACUUGAAAACAUAAGUCAUCGUGUAAAUGAGUUUCAAAGUGAAAUUGCUGGGACUGCAGACAAACCACCUGAUUCAAUCAAACUUGCUCAAGAACAAGCAGAACAUCAGCCACAUAAAGCAGAGACAUUUAUUGAAAGUGAAGGAUCAGACAUGGAGGAAAGGUCCAUUACCCCAGACCCUGACCAAAUGCUUAAGAUGGCCUCACCAAGAAGUGAAAUCCCCCAAGAUGCUUUUGAUACAGUGUUCCAUACUAAGGAGACAAUUUCUGAGACAGAGGAAGAGCAAGGAAAGCCUGAAGAAAAAGAAAGACAAAUUCCAGAACAAGCAUCAGAUUUCAUGCCUGGAUCACAUGUGCAAUGUCCGGGGAUUGAAAUAGCUCCUCCAGUAAAUGAAAGUGAUAUGGAACACAUUAAGAUGGGUGCUGAGCAAGUUGAAGAAGCUGAAUUUCAGAAGAACCAAGAAGAUGAAAUUGCUCCUACAGCAUCUGAUGAAGUUGCUCCUACAGCAUCUGAUGCUAUGACAGGCUCCUUGAUAAUGGAUGAAGGACAAACCAUUGAUGAUGCUGAACAAGUUAAAGAAACUGAAUUUGACAAGAGCCCAGAUGAUGAAGUUGAUCCACAAAUGGAUGUCAAUGCAAUGACUGGCUCUCUAAUAUUGGAUGAAGGACAAACAAUUGAUGAUGCUGAACAAGUUAAAGAAGCUGAAUUUCAGAAGAACCAAGAAGAUGAAGUUGUUCCACAAAUGGAUGUCAAUGCAAUGACUGGCUCUCUAAUAUUGGAUGAAGGACAAACAAUUGAUGAUGCUGAACAAGUUAAAGAAGCUGAAUUUGACAAGAGCCCAGAUGAUGAAGUUGUUCCACAAAUGGAUGGCAAUGCAAUGACUGGCUCUCUAAUAAUGGAUGAAGGUCAAACAAUUGAUGAUGCUGGACAGGGUAAAGAGGCUGAAUAUGAUGAGAGCCCAGAUGAUGAAGUUGCUCCACCAACGGAUGGCAAUGCAAUGACAGGAUCUUUAAUUAUGGAUGAAGGACAAACAAUUGAGGAUGCUGAACCAGUUAAAGUUGCUCAAUUUGAUGAAAGUCCAGAUGAUGAUAUAGCACCACCAAUGAGUGGUAGUGCAAUGGAGGGCUCUCUAAUAAUGGAUGAAGGACAGACAAUUGAAGAUCUUCCAGAAGAACACACUUCAGUUAUGGAAGGAUCUUUUGUUAUGGAUAAAGGCCAAACUAUUGAGGAUCUUCCCACAGAACAGACACAAUCUGUUAUGGAAGGUUCUUUGAUAAUGGAUGAUGGUCAAACUGUUGACGAAGUCCCACAACAGGAUGUUAUGUCAAGGUCUCUGAUGGAAGAUUCCAUUGUGAUGGAUGAAGGAGAAACUUUCGACAAUCAAGAAAUCCAAGGUGAUAACUCCAGAUCCACAAUGGAAGACACAAACACAUCAGAGGACAGUCAAGCCUCACUGAAAAUGAAUGUCAUGACAGGGUCCAUGAUGGAAGGAUCAAUUGUUCUUGAUGAAGAAGAAAAAUUAGAAGAUAGGUUCCCAGAGGAUGCCAUGUCAAAGUCCAUGGUAGAGGAAUCUGAAAAGUACAAUGAGGGACAAACUUUCGAAGACUCAUUAGGGAAUGCUCCCGCCGAGUCUCCUUCUGAAAGCUUCAAUGAAUCUCAAACAGAAGAUUCAUUGAGGACAACCAGUGUUGGAUUUAUGGAUGAUGAGGCUAGUUUACAAAGGCAGACAGCACAAAAUAUGGUUGAAAAUGUUCUGAAUGAUGCUAUUGAUAAAGUAGAAAGCAUGCAGAAAACCGAUGACAUUUCUGUUGAAGAAUCUUCAAUAGACAAAACAGAGAGUGGCAUUGAAGAAUGCAUACCAGACAGAUAUGAAGAACCACCUCCAGAGGAAAUAAAGGAUGUGUCAGUUGAGGAACCCAUAGAGAAAGUGGAAUCUGUGGCUGAAGAAAGUAUACCUGAACAAAGAGAUUUAAGCAUGGAAGAACCACCUUCUAUAUCUAGAACAGAGGAAAGCGCAACUGAAGACCUUUCAAUUGAAAAAUUAGAAGAAGUUACUCCUCCUGCUGAACCUGAACAACAAAAAGAUGAGGCAGUUCAGAAGAUUAAAGAAAUGGAAGUAGAAAAGAAACCCCCUCCUAAAAAAGAGGAAAAAACACCACUAAAAGCAAAGUCAGAGGAGGCAAAAAAGAAAGAGAAAGUGUUGAAGGAGACAAAAAAUGUUACAAAGGUUGAAAAAGAUAAAAAGAAUGUUUCAGUCCUAAGUAAAGAACAGAAAAAAGAAGUCAUUCAGAAAAAGGAAAAACCAAAACCAAAAGCAAAGGUGCCUGCCAAAACUGAAAGUAAACCAACAAGUGCUAAAUCAGAGACUGAAAAAACACCUAAGGAUAAUAAAUACAGUCAUAUCACAAGCCGAUUGACCCAGGAAACUAGUGCUAGUCUUGCUCGUAAAACUGUAAAAAGAACUGAGCUAUUACAAGGAAACUCCAAGGUGCCUUCUCCAGAGAAGGCAGACAUAGCUAAGCGGAGUCAGUCUGCAACUCGGCAGGCAAGAUCCCCACGGAAACCGAAGGAGUUGUCUACAGUGGAAGACAACAAGGAUCUGAUUUCCCGCUCUAAAUCCACCCCAAGACCUGGAGCUCACAGGAGGCAAACCCCCAGUCCAAUGCGAGGCCAAAUGACCACAACAAGGAACCCAAGACCUACCAAACUUCUACAACCCAAAAAAGAUGCAUCAGCUGCUAAUGGUGUCACAUCACCGGCUAGUGGGACGGAUGAAGAAAAGGCGGGAAAAAGGACUCCUUCAGCCUCCUCCAAGAAGAAGUACGGCAUUGAUUCCAAGAACACGAGCUACAAGCCCGGAGGUGGACAGGUCAAAAUAUUCGACAAGAAGGUUCAGGUCAAAGCUUCUCCCAGAGUAGAUGUGGGUGGCAAAACACCCCCUGGCUCCAGCACCUCACCCCGGAAAGAAUCUCCUCGACCAAAACCCACCACCCCUAAAGGACCAGCACCCAAUACCAAGAACGUCACCUCCAAGAUCGGAUCUCUACAGAAUACCAGCUACACCCCAGGGGGUGGACAGGUGAGAAUUGCCACAAAGAAGACAGACUAUUCCAGUGUCUCAAGUAGAGUAGGCUCCACAGCCAACAUGGACCACAGGCCAGGUGGAGGGGAGAAAAAGACUGGUGGUAAAAAGAUAUUGUCACAGAAAUUGGAAUGGAAGACGAAUUCCAAAAUUGGCUCUUUGGAUAAUGCCAAACACUCGCCGGGCGGCGGUAAUAUUAAAAUUGUCCAUGAAUCUGUUACAUGGAAUGCUCAUUCCAAAGUGGGCUCCUUAGAUAACAAGGACCAUAGGCCUGGGGGUGGUAACAUUCAUAUCGAGAGUCACAAAGUUGAGUUCAAGGCCCAGUCAAAGGUGGGGUCCACCGAUUACAUCUCACACAAACCUGGGGGAGGCAACAAGAAGAUUGAAACACAAAAACUAGACUUCAAAGACAAAGCUAAACCUAGAGUAGAAUCCAAAACAGCUCACAAACCUGGAGGGGGUGAUAAAAAGAUAGAAACACAAAAACUAAACUUCAAGGAAAGCGCCAAGUCUCGGACGGAUUCAGGGACCGCAACUCCAAAAGCCCAAACGGAAAGCGUGAACUCACAAGAUAGCGUUAACUAAUCACUAUUCCUUUGUCUUUCUCAUCUACAAAUUCAAUGUUUAGGUUGACUCUCAAUUAUUCCCACGUAUUCUUUUGGAGCAGAGAAAAAACAUUUGGGAGAUUCAUGUGACCCUUGUUAAUAUGGCAGUGUCGGCAAGCUUUUUCGUAAUUGCUCUAAUGUUGUGCUUCAAGAUUUGAUGCUUAACGGAUAAAGGGAGGCAAUCUUCUUUUGGUGAUUUUUUUUUAUAUUUCGCAGUGUAUAGUAUACUUUUUAGAAAUAUCAAUAUUUGGAAUAUAGAUAAAAGAAAACAGGAUCAGAAAAACAUAUGUAUUGUAUAUUACAGUAUAUUUUCAAAAAUACUUUGUGUUAAAAAAAAACCGAAAUAAGUUAAAUUUUCUCAAAAAAGAUGAACUCACAAUUGGAGAUUUGCAUGUUGGGAGGCCAUAUUUAUUAAUGAUUGUAAUUGCUCAUUGAUAAAUGUAUGAUGUGCAUUGUAUUCUCAGAUAUGUUGUCAUUUUGUACAUUUCGACAAUAUCACAUUUUUUUUCUCUCUCUCUGCACAAAAUAAAAAUUCAAUCCUCAACACAACUGAAAGAUGGAUAUUUUUCAGUUUGACUAAACACCAUGUUUUUUACUACAUCUGUGAAAUGUUUCCUUUUUUUUACCCUUUAUUGUUAAGUUUGUGUUUUGUUCCAAGCAUCUGUUACACAUUUCCAUUUUUUGUUUUUAAUCAGAUUUUUAUUUGUCAUUAGGAAUAACGGAGGUUAGCAGGUUUUAGAUUCUGUAUAAUGGAAACAAGAUUCUUGUUCUGAAGGGGCUUAUUUCAGAUUGAUGACAAAAGUUUUCACAACUUCCAAAAUGCUUCUGUAUAAUAAAGUCUUAUACACAGAGCUUUCUGUCCGCAGUUCUGUCUUGCAUUUUUUGUUAGCACUUUCUAUUCAUAGCUGAUGAACAGAACAAUUUAUGUUAGUGAAAAUGGUUGUGUUUUCGUUUUAAAGUAUUACUUUCUACAAGAAAAGGGGGACAACUCCAAAUAUUAACUGUCUUUUAAAGUCGUCAUUUGUAUUCAUUGCACUUAAUUUAUAUAUAUAUCCCUUAACUUAUAACAAUGACAAAAAAACCUUCAUUUUCAAAUUUGUAGAAUUUCAAAUAUUCAGUCUUUUCAAUGAUAUCAGUUUUUUUGCAGUUAAACCGGAGUCUGUAGAUACAACUGUUUAGAAUGUUCUGUAUUAUGAACUAAGUAGAUUUUAGUAAUGAGCACUUGUAGCUAUUUGUAACAUUGCUUAUAGAUAUGCAUUAAACUGUAAAAAACAAUC